AUGACUGACACGAGUGAACACCUGAACGCGCUCGAUGCCUUCUCCCAGGACCAUUCCACUAUCAAAUAUAUUUCCCCUUCCUCCCCCGACUUUGCAUCCUCAAGUGGAGUAUGGAACGCGUCACGAAACGCUACCCCAUUGGCCGUUUUUCAGCCGCAAUCAGCAAAGGAAGUCGCGACUGUGAUCAAAUUCGCCCAGUCCAACGCUAUUCCCUUCACCCUGCGCUCUGGUGGACAUAAUCUGGAGGGUCUAGCGUUGGUCCAGGAUGCCCUGCUGAUCGACCUGCGAGCUUUGAGCUCGGUCACCGUUGCAGAGGACCGAAAGUCGGCCACCGUGGGUGGUGGGAUCUUGCAAGGCGAGCUGGUCAGCAAACUCUGGGACCAGGGUCUCGCUACUUCCACUGGUACCAUCCCCUCGGUGGGAUACUUCGGAUGGGCAUCCUAUGGUGGCUACGGGCCAUUUUCAUCUCACUGGGGCCUCGGAGUGGAUCAGAUUAUUGGCGCGAGUGUCAUCAAUCCCGACGGGGAGAUUAUCGAGGCUGACGAAGAUCUGCUUGAGGGCAUUCGUGGCGCCGGUGGAGUCUUUGGUGUUAUAGUUGACGUGACCAUCAAAGUCUACCCUCUCACUGGCAUUCUUGCCGGUCCCAUCGUCUUCGAUUCAAGCGACAUCGUCACAUCCUUCACAAAAUUCAACGCGGCCUUUACCAACCUCGAAGAAACAGACGAGUUGCCUCCAUAUCUUACUCUCCAACCCGUCUGCUUUGCCUCCCCUCACGGUCUCGCCUUUGCCAUGCUCUUCGCCUGGAGUGGUCCGGACCUCGAAGAAGGAAAGCCAUGGAUCGAAAAGAUCGCCGCCCUAGGCCCCGUCAAAAUGAACGCUGUAAAGCCAACCACAAUCCCGGAAUGGAUCAGUGGCGCAGGCGCAAACGUUCCAGACAGGGUAUAUGGAUCCAGCUGGACGUUCAAUGUAUCUCGGAUUACACCCGCCCUGGCGGAAACGAUUGCCCGCAACCUUAGCGUCCUGCCAAAUGACCCGGGUGCGAUGUUCAGCAUGCAUCAGCUUCGGGGUCCUUCUGCCGCACCGCAAGCGCAUGGAUCGUUGUUUUUGCCGAGGGAGCCGCAUUAUAUGCUUGAGAUUCUGGGAUAUGCAGCUACGCCGGAGAAUCAAGACAGGUCGGAGGCAUGGGCGAGACAGAUGGCUCAGGAGGUAGAACAAGCUGCUGAAGGAAGCCUGUUGGAGACUCCUUAUGUGUCUCUUUAUAAUUCGACGCGGUCAGAGAAUGCUGUUAGAUGGGUGGAGAAGGUGUAUGGCGAGAAGGCUGGGGUCCUCCGUGAUUUGAAGGCGAAGUUUGAUCCUACGAAUGUUUAUAAAUUGACCGUGCCUUCGCUGUAG